AAACCAUAUCAAAAUCGUGUUACAACAACUGUAGCUAUUCUUGGAUUAAUUGCGACUGAAUCUGCACUUAGUGCAACUGACACAGGUCUUCAUCUUCUAGCGGCUGAUGUACGUAAAACUGUUCAAGCAAUUAUAGCUGCUGGUGUUCAUGGACAAACUCGUUUAUUUUAUCCAUAUUAUAUUGCAAUUAUUCCACCCCUUUAUUAUAUAUUCUCUCCUGUAUAUGAACUUGUAGCUCGCUUAGGCAAUUAA